AUGGCACGUGAAGAUGUAGACUAUCCACCAAAUUGUCAGCCGAUCUCAUCAACAGCUUCUUCGCAUGAAAUCGUAAAAAAAUUGAAGGUUUUUUCUUUCAUCAAAAAAUGGACUUUUUUUUUUCAAAAGAUUUUAUUGGAAAAUCUUCAUGAAAUUCCUCCAAACCAUGAGUGUGGGUCACCUACGCGUUAUCUGAAGCUUUUCCACCAUAUGUCACAAAACUCGUUUUUGAGUAUAGCGAACAAGGACGUACAGGUUUUCCAGUAUUCUUUGAGCAUAUAAAUAACAGUAUGAUUAUUUUGCACAGAUAUAUCUGGCAUGUUGCCUGGCAAAUAUUCUCCGCAUUUUCAGUCCUGAACUGCCUAGCUCGGACCCGAGAAACUUGAAGGUCUAGCAAAAAAAGAUUUGCAUAAGUUUUAUAUAUAAUUUUUUUUUUUCACAGGAGCAAUAUCAUUUCAUACUUCGUGUGUUGAAAGAUCUUGGCGAAACUCGGCCCGAUAGUCCGAUGUUCAAACGUUUUCAUUAUCUUCUCGAGGUGAGAUUUUCUAUCAGAAGAACUUUUUUGAAAUGUUCUACAGCUCAUUCACGCGGCCAAGUUGAUGCAUGCGGUUAACGAAAUGGGAGACGAAUCAUCUGUGGUAUAUCGCAGUCUUUUGAAGUCUGUGUUGCAAAUUCCAACCGGAAAAGGAUGGAAAAAGCCCCAGAACGCUGCCAAGAAAGACAUAGCUAAGGAGGAAACCGAUCAAGUGUUGAAUGAGGGGGAUAAUGAAACAGAAGACGACGAAAGGGAUGUGUAUGACAAAGUGAGCUGCUUAUUUUUUCGAUUUGAAGUCAUGAAGAUUUUUUAGAUAAAAGAAAUGCUAGUGGAUCUCAGCUGUCGAACGAUUCAUGAGAUGGACCAAGUGUCCAAUUCUGUGCUGGACGUAAUUUUUUUCUACUUGAUUAAACCUCAAAAGGUUUUUAAAAACUUUGCUACACUUUGUUAAUUUUUUUUUAGUUGCAAUGCGUCGAAUCAAGCGAACUGGCGCUCAUUAUUCUCAAGAAAUCGAAAAUCCACUUAGAGCCGAGCAUCCACGCGGUUUUAGACUUCGAUUCGAUUGAAAACCCGGUUGAUUUGAGGUGCUGGAGCAAGCAGUGAUGGCCGGCGAGCUCCCGAGUGAGUUCGAGAUGACAGGCUCAGGCUGCCGCUCGAAACUUUUCGAAGUGAUCCGGGAGUUGCACGACAUCUCUGCUGACUUCGUUUCUACUGUCGUUCCUUUCCUGCCCAAACUUUUGCAAGUGAGCUUCCCGAAAAUAGCCGCGUUCAAAGACGUUUAGGCGGAGGAUGAGAACCAUCGUGAACACGCGACUCGUCUCAUCGGAAUGAUGGCUCGGUCUCCCAGAAGCAAGUUUGGCGAAAAUCCCUGAAGACGAGACUUGGAACGCCUUCCUCCAAAGGUAUAUUGCGAAGCUCUUGCUUCACCUCUCAAAUCGCAGGUUUCGCGACACGUCCGUCAAAAUAAGAGAGGAGUGUACUCGGCGGUCAACCGAUAUUCUCAUGAACCACGCCCAACUUCGUGGCCAAAUUUCCGGUUUUUUUUUUUCAUUUUUUUUAAAACAUCAAAUGCGUUACCAAAAUCUUUCUUUUCACUUGCGUCAGUUUUUCCGCAAUGAUUUGAAAAAAAUGAAGAUUUUUUUCUAUUAGUUAAUAAGUAGUGAGGCUUUCAAAAAAAAAAAAAGGUCAUUUCCGUUAGGGCGUGGGAGACUUUCCUAAGCUUUAACAGAAAAAUUUCGAUGUUUAGAUAAGCACAUCAAAAAGUUAAUUUUUCUGGACUCUUCCUAGUUAAGUAAAACUUUUAGAAUACUUCAAACGAAAGUAAAUAGUUUUGCGAGUUUCAACUUGCAAUUCUUAUUAAUUUUGGUCUAAUGAAGAUCUAAUUAGACAGAUCCAGACUCUGGAUUCCAGAGAAACAUCACUUCAAAGUAAAAAUAAUUCCUUCUUUUAGAUUCCAACAGUAACUAAGAUUUUGUUUGAAAAAAAAUGAAAUGCUUUCAAAUUUAAAAGUUUUCUUAAUAUUUUUUUUUAGUAUUUUCUUUGGACAUCUUUUUUGUGCAAUCUGAAGGUUGAAAAGCGGCGCUCUUUAAUUUUCAGUAUAUGAAUGAUGUUUUUAGGGUACCUGGAGAGACUGAUCCAUGACUCUGAAGAAUCGGUGCGCGGGCUCGCGAUUCAAGUGAUCACAGACACUGCGAAAGUGCGGCUGGAAGCCAUAAGUGAACAGCUGAUAACAGCCUGCUGCGAAAGGAUGCUCGACAAGAAGGUUUUCGUCGUCUUUUGCUCGACUCAAGUUUUGGUUCCAGCCAAAAGUUCGCGCUGAAGCCAUCAAACGGCUUUUGUCUUUGUUUUACCACGUCGUUUCCAACUGCGGACUGAACGGCAAGUACACUUCCUCCGACCGCGAGGCCGUCUUUCUGAUCCCUCAGAAGACUUUGAACGUCUACAAAAUGGCCAGUCGAAGUUCUACCAUGGAAGACACCAAGUAGAUUCUCAUAUCAUCUGUCCAUACUUUUCCUUUUCAAAGGGUGAUGAUCGAGAGAUACUUCCAACUUUAUAUGAUUCCUUACAAAAUGGACGUUAAUGAGCGUAUCAAACUGAUGAGCGACUUGUACACGCGCCUUGACCCCACCAGUGUGCAGUAAGUUUUCUCCUUCCUGAGAAUUUCUAUAAAAGGCUUUCAUUAAUGAAAAUCACAAAAAAAAUAUUUGGAUUAGUUACAUUUUUCUAGUAGAAAAAAACAUACGAAGUCUUCGAGAAUGAUCUGUUUUUUCGAGAGCCGACUUGCGAAAUGAAUGAUAAAAAAUGAUUUUCUUUCACUGGCUGCUGCAGAACUUACGUGUAUUCGGCUAGAAAAAUUUUCGAUUUAAUGACUCUCAUAACUCAAUUCUCAUCGAAAUUUUCCAAGGAGCUUCUCUGACAUUGUCUCGAAGUCUUCGGCUAUAAGGAGAUCCUUGCGAGAGCUCCUGGAGACAAUAGCUAAAACGGAUUUGGACCGUGAAAAGAAGACGGCGAUUGUCCAGCAACGAAUUCGACGACUCUCUUCCUUUUUUGCCGAGCCUCAGACGGUUUGUCCUCUCAUCUUCUUCUCGCGAUCCGAACCUAUUUCAGCUUGUCACUGCUCUGAAAGGGUUCGUCAACCAGCUUUCGAGUGAUCAGAAGAGCUUCGAACUUUUGGAGUACGUUGUUACUAACAACUACACGACGGAGAAAAUGGAAACCGUUGCGGUGGGUAUCAGCAAUUUAGUUUUGGAAAUUCUCAUUGAACUUUUGAAGAAUCUUUUGAAAAGUCGUCUUUCGAGUUUGAAAAUUUCGGAAAAUAGUAGUUUUAUUUUUUGUUUGAAAGUAAGUCGUUCAUUUCUAAUUUGAGAAGAAAGACUUUUCCUGCGCCAUUUGGGUUUAAAAGCGCCAUUUGAGUUUUUUCAAAGAAAAUCCUCGCAACUUUUCGUUCCUCUGCAUUUUUCUUAUAAAGAAGUCUACACAGAGUGAGCUAUUGACCCGCAUCGUGCAGCUGAAGACAGUGGCGACCUUGUCUUCGGGUCCGGGCCAGGCCCUCCGAAGAUUCAUCGACAGGUGCACGCCUCUCAGCAUGGACAACCAAGCGGCUUUGGUUCGUUUCUUGGCCUUUUUCACUGGACGUUGGACAGCUGAUCAAUGCCUGGCAAAGCUAAACAAGUCUUUGAUUGGCUGGUUGCGCCAAUUUUCGGGUUGGAGCACCGACUCCGAAGAACUCAUUUUUGAAUAUUUGAAACCUGUUAUGAGGUGAUGAAAAAAUAUCUCGCUUUCAUUUUUCCCGCAUUUUUACUUCCAUUUCAAUCAAUUUUAAAAAGCUCCAUCUUUCUUAUUGUGUUUUUUUUUAAAUUCGCUUGAAAAAAUGACCGGAGAUCUGAUUUUCGCUCCGUAAUUGACUGGAACCCGGUCUAUUUAGGAGAAUUUCAGUGUGCUUGAGAAUUAAUCGAAAUUCAGUUCCGGAGUUAUAUUCAUUCUGAUUGAGAGGCUGAGAAGAUUGUGAACAAACUUUUAAAAAAAUGAUUAGUAAAACCUGCAAUAAGAACGCAGAAAAAAAUUACAAAGAAAUUUACAACUGUGCUUGAUUUUAAGCUUCUUAAUACGGCAAACCAAAUUGAUUUUCAUUGAAUCGAUUUGAGGUGCUUAUGAACAAAGUGCUAGACGUAGUCAAAGACGCGGAAUGCCUCCAUAAGGAAUCUCUCGAAAUGCUGCCGUCGCAUCUGAAGCUUUUGAAGGUUGUUUCUGUGCUUUGAUGUGAAAUCUACCAAGAAUUUUCAGCAAUGGACCGAAAAUUUCCCUCACUUGUUCAGCGACGAGGACGUCAUCGGCAAGUUUCGACACAUGCUCAAGUCCGACGAGCCGAUCAUCGGUUUCUUUUUCCCCUUUUCAGUGCCUUCAAACACAAGAGCAAUAGUUUUGGAACAGAGAUAUGUAAAAGUAGAAAACUUCGCAGUUUUUUUUUACGGAAGAAGGGAAUGAGUUCAAAAAUAAGAGGGGGAAAAAUAGUGCUGUUUUCAAAAAAUUGCAAUUUCAAAUUAUCCUCGAAACUUAUUUAAUCGGGCGCCAGUUGUCUUUUCCAUGAAAUCCCAUCCCGCCUUUGCUAAUAUAAUCACUCUUUCCUUCAAUAAAGUAGGUAUUUUAGUGGAGGCAGCGAUGGACUCCUUGAUCGCCACAAUGAACCAUUCGGCUUUCCGUCAGAAAUUCCUCGAUGUUCCUUGGUCGAAAGAGCUGUGUGAUGUGAGCCGCGGUUUUCUUCUUAUCUCGACAAACUCUUCCUCAGGAGAUAGUGGCCUUGGUGGAAACUGAUUCCAAAGGCUUCGGACGCUCCUGCAAACUCGGCGUCCGUCUCAUAUGUUUGCUGGCUGGCCGUGACAACUCUGCCAAUGUCUUGAACAACAUAAUCGAGGUUUCCUUUUUCAUUUUUCCGAAUCGAAUGUUUAUUUUGAAAUCUGUAUUUCCUCGCCUUUAAACGGUAGGGCGUUUAUAGUGUAUGUGCAAAAAGUUCUCGAAAUCAAUUCUUCACUAAUUUUGCUCGCGUCAUAUGUUGACAAAAUCGAUUAAUUGACAUCAAAUGAUUGGGAAAUUAGGUUCUUCAGCAUUUUUAUUCGAAAAUGAAUGUAUAGUCUACAAAGAUUCAAUUAAAUGAUGAUUUUUAAAAUGGCGCCGAAAGAGCUUCGCACUCAUUGAAUCCCACAAUCUGCUGUUUCAAAGCGAGAAAAACUGGUUAUUUCAUUCGUUUUGAAUCCUCACGAUUCAGAAGCUGUUGGAAAGGAUUGACAUCGAAGAUGAAGCCUCCCCAAACUCUUUCCAGGUUAUUAGAGUUGAACGUUUGACAGUCUGUCUAAUCGUUUUUAGGCGCUCACUGAAAUUUUUCGCGCGUAUCCGGACAAAUAUUUCUACAAGGUGAUAGGUAUCCUGAAUGACAAGCGCAAAUUGGGACUAGUAUGCAUUUUCGCCGGUUGAUUAGAAAUUUCGCUGUCCUCUCAGGGUUUCAUGCUCUCCACAAAACGUGAUGAGGGAGAUCCUUUGGAGUUCGACCCUUCUCUACCCCUCGUAAAACAGCCUUGGCCGAAAUAUACCCCAUCCAAGGUUUCGCAAUACAAACUUAGCUUUUUUGAGGAACAUUCAGGUCACCGCAAUGAAAUUCGUAACACGCGUGCUGUUCUACUCGAUGGCGAGCCCUUUAGUGGCCAAGUCGCCGGAGACGGUGCAGCAACUCCAAAAGGUAGUCAAGAGCCAUUUCUGCAUCUUGGCCAGCAUCAUCAGCUCCGCCGGCGACCCCUCCGAGAGCGCCAACUUGUGGUCUGCCUUCUAUUCUCUUGGCUUCAAAGACCCAUCUCUUUGCAGUGCUGUGGAGAAAGCACGACUGCGCGCCGUAGCUGGCGCUUGUAUUUUGAAACUUUGUUAUUACUGGAACUAUCGCAAGCUGCUCGACAUGGAGUCGUUCAUUUACGUCUCCAAAUUGGUCGAAGUAAAAUAAUUAUUUUCACGCUAAAACAGUAGAUAAAAAUCAGGAUGAAGCUGAUUGCGUUCGAAACUAUUUUGUUGUUCGACUUCGCAAAGGGAUCAGCAGGAUGUGAAAAGCGUCUCUCAUUUUUAAAUUUUACUAUUUUGUUCAGCCUUCCCAUCGAGUUCGGGGCCUUUUUCUGUCAGGUUAAUUUCGCUGUCUCAGCCAACUCGGAUGACGGAGCUAACUUACGCGAAAUGAAAAGGUUUAUUUCAACUAAAAAUUGAUAUGAUACAUAUCAAUCUUAUUUUUCUUCUCUAUAGUUUUCGAGACGGGUGUCGGCGCCUCGCACAUGACGCCUUCACAACUCGGAAGAAGACGACCAAUUCUGGAGCUGUAGACGACGGUUUUUUCUCUGACUUUUCAUGACAAUUUUUGUUUAUCUCGAGCUUCGGAAAAAUUCCCAAUAAAGGUAUUUUCGAUUAAGUAUUGGGGAAAUUUUUUAGAAUGGGCUCUGCAAUUACGUACAGUUUCGAAUAGUUUCCACUUGAUGAGGAAAAUUACAUUCCCUGUUGGAAAAAUAAGAUAAUAAAGACUUUUUCAAAGAAUUAUUCGAUGAGACAGGCUUCGAAACUCAUCUGCAUGCGACUAUUCGUUUUUUUUUUAGCUCAUCGGCCGAUUUUUGACGCGGAAAACGUUGUGGCGUACACGGUGUUCUUGUUGGCUCAUCAUGAAGGCUGCACUUCGAACGAAGACGUCCGUGGCCUGGCAGAACUCCAGGAAUGUCUCUGGUUCGUCCUGGAAGCCUUGAUCGGCGCCAAGUGCGACAUGGAAACUGUCGUCCAAGUGAGUGAAAGCGAAAUACGAAUAGAACCAAAGUUAGAAAAAGUCCAAACGCAACUUCACGUGUCGCUUCCAAUAUAACUUUUUAAGAGAUAAGAGUCGUUUGACAAUCGAGUCAUGUUUUCCAGUACUGACUAGGGCAUGGUCUCCGCUCGACAACGAGUUGAGAAUUGGGACUUUGUGGGUGGAUAGGCCUAGGUGAGAGUACUCGGAAUCAAAAAUAAAAUUCUGCUAAACCAAACAGGCAACCGAGGAAAAGCUCGUCGAGAGUUUUCCAGCGCGUAUGUCCUCGCGCUCGGAGCCUUUGGCUAGCAACUGGCGGCGUGGUGUAGUGGGUUGUGGUCUUGUGCAUUAUCAAUAUUGUGAUCAGGGUUCGAAUCCUUUUGGCGGAAAUCGUUUUUGCCGGCUCAUUUCUUUAUUCCUUCCUCAUUUUUUUGGGAUAUCAAAAAAAUUUACAUCAAAACUUGUAGAAAAAUUAUUAUUUAUAUUCUUUUUUUCUCAUGCCAAGUUUUUCUUCUCGUGUUGAGGAACUGUUGAGAAGGUUAUUCUCAAAUAUUUUUGUUGAAAGACAGGCAAUCGGCAGCAUAGUUAUUAAAGUUUAGCUUCUUUCGCCCAAAUUUCUGCUGGAGUCUUCGAAAAUCACCAUAUCUUCUGACACUUGGAACGCGAAGUCGAACGGAAAAGUUUCAGUUGUUUUUUUAGUUGUUUUAUCGUGUUACUGUGUUUCCGUUUAGUACACACGUAUCCAAAAGACAGAUAAUCGCUUUUUGAAAAAGGUCAAAGUUUUAUAACAUAUCUACUCGACGUGAAUUUUCAUAAACAGAUCGUUUUCUUCAUAAAGUAGAGAAAAAAACGAAAAAAAAAAUUUCAAAUCAGUAUUUUGUUUUUUAUUGUGAUUUUUGUGAAUUUUUAUUGUAGAUUUUUGAAAAAAAUAUCCCAAAAAUGAGGAAGGAAUAAAGUUAUGAGCCGGCAAACACGAUUUCCGCCAAAAGGAUUCGAACCAUGGUCACAAUAUUGAUAGGGCAUAAGACCACAACCCCUUACACCACGCAGUCAGUUGCUAGCCGAAGACUCUGAGCGCGGGGAUAUACGCGCUGGGAAAAAUUCGACGAGCUUUUCCUCGGUUGCCUGUUUGGUUUAGCAGAAUUUUAUUUUUGAUUCCGAGACGUCUUACCCAGGCCUAUCCACCCACAAAGUCUCAAUUCUCAACUCGUUGUCGAGCGGAGACCAUGCCCUAGUGAGGACAAGGUAUAUUAUUUUCCUAGUGACUCUCAUGCUCUAUUUUUGAAAUUUUGCAAUGUAUUUCAGCUGAGCUACGCUAAAUAGAUAGCGCCGAAAAUAACAAACAAAGAACAAAUAAUUAAAAAUUUCAUAACUUUUGUUUGUUUUAAGAAUUUUUGUUUUAGUCGAAUGAGAAACUUUAUAAUACUGAAUAGCUUCAAAUUAAACAAUUUAUCGUAAAGUUCUUUACGGAGGUGGAUAAAUGACGCCCCUCAGCGUUUUUAAAUGUUUAAAUUUCAAAACCGACGUAGGCCGCCAUUGCCAUUUCUUAAUAAGUCACUGCCUAACAUGGGGGGUCAUUUUAGCGUAGGGUUCAGAAUUUUUUAUAAAUUUGCUCAAACAAUCUUUGAUAGACUGGGAAUCGAUCCCCCAUAGUCGCUACCUGCACAAACUUUUUGUUUUGGAGAUAUGAUUUUUCAAAGUUUUUAUCCUUAACCAUGUGACGCCGUUUGGAAGGAAUGUGGCCGCGCCACCAACCACUGCAUGGCAGCUAGGAGCGUGGUGCAGUGGGUAGCGUGUUAGUCUGCGGAGCCUAUGAUGAAGGUUCGAAUCCUUUUGCCGCUAUCUUUUUUUGCCAUUAUUUUUUUUUUAGAAUUCUGAUGAGAAUAUUAAAAUUUCAUGAGUAAAACCUUUCUAAAUAAGUUUGAUAGCUACUUUCUUUCUAAAAUCGCCUUUUUUAUGGACAAAGAUUAUGAAAAAUUUUUUGAAGUUGUGGCCGACUUCACAUCAUCAGAGACUAGUUUUUGAAAAUCAGCAGAAAAUUUUUCAGUAAAGCGCUGAACCUUCAUCAAAAAUCUUCGUAUGUCUUGGUUGUGAUAAAUAACAGUGGCCUUUCAAUAGGUCAAUAGCCAGUUUUUAGCCUUAUUUCUGCAGAAACAUCUUUACAGAAUAUGAAAACCUACCCGUCAUUCGAGUUUUAUUGAAAAAAAGAUUUCCAAACCCCAUUUCCAUCCUAAUCCGUAUGUUUUUUUUUUCAAUUUUUCAGGAAUCCAAAAAUCUUUUGAGCAAAAAAAUUUUGGGGAAAAUUCUCUGAUGAUGUCUGCCACAACUUCAGAAAAAUUUUCAUAACUUUUGUUUAUAAAAAAAGCGAUUUUUAGAAAGAAAAAUAGCUAUCGAACUUAUUUGGAAAGGUUUUACUCAUGAAAUUUUAAUAUUCUCAUCAGAAUUCUAUAAUGGCAAAAAAAGAUAGCGGCAAAAAGGAUUCGAACCUUCAUCAUAGGCUCCGCAGACUAACACGCUACCCACUGCACCACGCUCCUAGCUGCCAUGCAGUGGUUGGUGGCGCGGCCACAUUCCUUCCAAACGGCGUCACAUGGUUAAGGAUAAAAACUUUGAAAAAUCAUAUCUCCAAAACAAAAAGUUUGUGCAGGUAGCGACUAUGGGGGAUCGAUUCCCAGUCUAUCAAAGAUUGUUUGAGCAAAUUUAUAAAAAAUUCUGAACCCUACGCUAAAAUGACCUCCCAUGUAAGGCACCAAGGGCCAAAACCGCGAUGGAAAAAAACGCCAUUGAAACAAAAAAAACGCGAAAAAAUUGGAAUCUUUUAAAAUAACAAAAAAAACCAUUGUUUUCGCGGCUUCCAAUUCAAGGUUAUUUGAAAUAUAUGUUUUUGUGGAGGCGUAAAUUUAUUCUCUCAGCAGAUCCCUAACCUUAAAUCUGCAACUCUUCGCCUAAAGGAAGAAAAAUACAUCCGUUAUCCACAUAAAAAAUUUAAAUGGACAUCAUAACCACUGAAAAUUUAAAUAAAUUAAUGAAAAAAUUGCGAAAACGAAGAUUGAAUGAAAAAUGGACAAGAAUGAUAAUAUUCGCCUGACUUCUGCAACGUGGUAUUACACGCCAUCGCCACAUAAUGACUCGGCUCAUGUCAUCUCAGAGGCCUGAUGGCUAAGGCGGGCGUGUUGCGCCCAGGAGUGGUCCUCAUUUCUUCCACCUCUGCUAUACGGCAGGAACAAAGUAAAUACUAGAGGCAGAAAUUUUAGAAAACCUCCGAAGUAUUUCGCGAAAACGCCUUUUUACAUAGAAAAUGUCCCUAGUUAGCAUGGAUGGCGCACGGUGCAUUCUGCUCUUUUGUACUUUGGGGCGUAACUGGGGUCUGCACUGUGCGGUUUCGGUGAUUUUUCGGUGUAGAGGUGUCAAAUCAGUGCUUUUAACGUGCGGCACCAGUGCAGCACCAAAAAACACCGAAAUCGCAAAAUAAAAAAAACAAAGCACUGUGCGCCAUCCUUGCUGAGUACUUUUCUUCUUUUUUUUUGUGCUGGUUUUUCAAAUAUUCAAGAAAUGGUGAUUUCAGAUAUUCGAAGAGUUGAAAAAAGACGGUGACACCUACAUGAGAGACUGCGUGAGUUCAUCAUCGAACGUGUUACGAGUGACUCCGGAGCAGCUGGAAACUCACAACAAGGUCAUUCGAAUCUCCGCCAACCAAGUCCCCCUCAACAAAGUCUUCCAGAAAAUGUGGGCUCUUUGUGAUUUGGGAAUCGCCAUGAUGCUCUACCGUGCGAAAGUAGUCGUCAAGGACGAUCGCAAAAAACUCCAGCUUUCUAAGAACUUUUUCUACCGCGUCAAGGAUUCGAAUCCUGCAGAGGUAUACUGUUUCAGAGAGAAAGGGGCGACUUUUUUUUAAAAUUAAUUCCUUCAUGAUCAUUUCAUAAAUGGAUAAUCAUUUUUUCACUCAUUUAUUUGGGGACGCAUUCAAAAGUUACACGCAUAACUUAAACUCUUGGAAUUUCCAUCAAAAUUUGUUUAUUAUUUAUAAAGAUCUUAUUUUGCUCACCUAGAGUGCCAAUAAAUCAUGUAAGACUUUCUCCACAAUAUCGCCCCCAUAUAGGCCAUUCCUCGCUAGCUUGUCACGUUUUUCUUUCCGCCAAAAGGCCAGGUCAAAUUUUACCUUCUUUUAACUUCGCUUCAAGACCUUUGUUUCUUGCCGUUAUAAAAGCAGAAAUUUGAUCUAAUUUGGUAUACGGUCUUUUUGGCGGAAAGAAAAACGUGACAAGCUGGCGCGGAAUAAGCUAUAACAGGUUUUAAGCGACUAAAGAAAUACUUGUUGAGGUUUACGCUCCCGACGAGCUUUUGACUGAUGAGAAAAGAAGAAACGGACGGUUGCCAGCAGCGAUCAGAGACUUUUCGAGUACCAAGCGGAAGAACAACUCUAGUCUUUCGUCGGGAGAAGCGACGCGCGCCGCCCCUCGUCGUGGCCUUCGAAAGCAGAAGACGUCGCAAAACAUCAGCAUUCGGUCCCACAGCGAGCCCGAAAACAGCGAUGACGUCAGCUUUUUUUUCCCCAAACAUUGUCUAAGAACGAAAUUUUUAUGUAAUUUCGAAUAUAGUUCUUGAUGGAAUGAAAAAAAUAAUCAUACGGUUAAAAAGGUUUUUUUAAUCAAGAAAUGAAAAAAUUAGUUUUAAAGUUAUUAGAUUAUCAAAAUUUUAAAAAUUAUUAGAUGAAACUCAUUUAAAAAAAUUUAGGAAGUUGCUCUCGUUGUGAAAAAACGUGUCACAGCUGCUAAACCAAAUCGCAAAAAAGAAUCGCUGGUAUCAGACUCUGAAGACGAAGAAAAGGUACCAAAACAAGUGAAAAAAGCUUCACGAGCCGAAAGUUCAAAAAGUGGCUCAAAAAGAAUGAACUCCAUAGAGACAACCAGGCGACAAGAGGAAGAUGAGGAACAGGAGGUUAGAGAAAUAAUAACAAAAUAAUAAAUGGUUUUUUUACAGCUUGGAGAGCCUUCGACUUCUACGAAUGGUAAAAAUGCGGAAGACGAUUCAGAAACAGAACCUGAUGAGGAAAAAAUUGUUGUUUCGCCUAUCAGAGGGCGAAGAGAGAUCAAAUCCAAAGAAACGGUAAAUUAUUUUGUUACAGCAUACAAGAGGAAAUAUUAGGUCAUCGAAAACGCAAAUGAACAGCCAAACGGGAGUGAGAAAAACUCGACGAACCUCAAAAAAUUUGUAACUUAAUCUAUUUUUAAAUUUUUAACCACGGUUUCCAGUUUGGUUCACAGGCACAAAUUGGAUCGCUUGAGAAUUUAGCAAUAUCUCCGAUUGUUAAAGAAGGAAAAAUGGUGAAAACAAUUUAGUCCAUUCAAAAAAAUGUGAAAAUUUUUAGCCUCGCCGAGGUGCGAAACCAGCGGCGCUCGCAACUUCUACGCCCUUUAGAGCAGAAGCGAAAAAAUCCCGUUUGAGCAAAAGAAAAUCUGCGAUUCCUUUGGACGAAGAAGAUGAAGAGGAGAAGAUUUCCCUCGGUGAACCUUCGCCCAAAAGGAGGACGUCUGAUAGGUUUCUACACCCAUAGUUUGUUGAAUAAAUCCGAGAAAACUAUUUCAGAAAGAAGAUAAUCAAGGUUUCAUCCCCUGAAAAACAACCGUCUUCAAAAAAAGGUCCAACAAAAGAGGUUACUGAAUUUUUUUUCUUUCGCCUCAAAAUCAGUUCUUUCCAGUUUAUUUUUGAAAAAAUUUAAGGUUUUCAAGAGAAGAAAUGCCAAGAUGACAGUUCUCGAAGCGAAAACUGCCCGCUCUCCGUCUAAAACUAAGGGAAAGUCGCGUAGAAAAUAG